UCUAUCAAUUUUUGUUUUUUGAACAUGUUUUGUUCUAGUUUUGUUUUUGUUUGUUUUAGAAUUAGAUAUUUUUUCAAUACAGAAUAUUUCUUUGAUUUUUCAUUUUAGUUCAUUUUGAUUUUGAUUUGACUUUUACGUUUUAAUUUCACUCAAAUUCUAUUCAUUUUUGAGCGUGUAAGUUUUAACAUUUGCAUUUGUUUCAGCAGUUAUUGUUUUCUUUAAAAUGCUAAUUUUUAUUUCAUUUCAUUUGUAGUUUAAUUUGUUCAUUCUACUAAUUGUUUUGAGUCCCUCACGCUUGUGCGUCGUCACGCUAAAUCAGUGGCGUAGCGACACUUGGGCAAUGCCUCCUCCGUGUCUUUAGAGAUAUAGAGAAGCGCGAGGCUUCCCUGGAGGAGGUAAUGACGGCUUCACUUUUUAAAUACCGUUUUUUUCCAUGUAUAAUGCGCAAAAUUUAACUAAUUUAUUUUCCUAAGAUCUGGGGUGCGCAUUAUACAUGGGUACAAAAAAAAACCAACUUUUUUUUUUUUUUAAUCCGGAUAUGAUACGGAGGCCGCCAUUACAGAUGCGCUUUCUUCUCUGCUGUUCACUUCAAACACGCUCCAUACGAACACAGUGCUCUCGUAUCAGACGCUUGCUCGAUCACCUGCUCGUUUGCUGUCACAAUGUACCCUACACAAAUCCGAAACAUUUCUUCGCUAUCAAGUUUGCUAGCGCAUGCGCAGUGAUACUGACCGGCAGAAUAACAUCCGGUUGUUCCCAAAGAUGAUCUUUUUUCUGAAAUAAUUUUACGUUUACGGACUUAAGUAGGAGUCCAAAUUUGAAUGCGUAUUAUACAUGGGUACAGGCUUUUUUCCAGCAUCACCAUGCCGUUUUUAGGGUGCGUAUUAUACAUGGGGGCGCAUUAUACAUGGAAAAAAACGGUAAACCCACGUCGCUCAGUUGCCCGACUCCACACGAGUUCGUGAUGUCACAGGGAGCCCGAACAGAAUGGCAAAAUGUCCCCCGCCAUUAAAGUUGAAGAGGCAUAGUCACCCGGUGAGCAUGAGGUCACCGCCUCGCCGUGGUUAUUAUUCCCGCCGCGCUCGUUCCAUCUUGACCCCCAUAAUUGCAGCCUGUAAAAACUUGCUAAUGUGUUGAAAUUACGUUGAGUCAACUGUUUGCCUUUCGGGUGCAGAAGGCGACGUGGGGAUGGAACGCCCGCCCCUAUCCGUACGAGACAACCUCGUAAAGAAAAAAUACCCGUUCGGUAUUGACUUUUACAUUAGUGUGGACAACAGAUGGUGGCAAAUCCCAACCUUUGUCUAAGAGAAGCUCCUCCAUGUAUUUCCCCAUAGUUUUUUCCCACGAAGAUGUCUGAGAUGGUGACAAAGCACACCUUUUGUCUAAGGGAAGCCUUUCAGUAGUUCUUUGGCAUCACUAUGCAAUAAGAUGGUGGCAAAGCACAGCGUUUGUUUGAAUGAAGCUCCUCAUUUACUUCAACAUACGUAGUUCCGAGGCACCAAGAUGGCAGCAAAUCACAAGUUUGUUCUUAAGUGAAGCUCCUCCAAUCACUUCAACAUACAGUAGUUCCUAGAAACCAAGAUGACAGCAAAGCACCACUUUUGUCUUAGUGAACCGCCUCGGUAUACUUCAACAUAGUUCCUUGGCACCAAGAUAAUAAAAUACAAAUGUACUUAAAAGUAAAAAAAAAAAAAAAAGGUUUGGGAUAUCAAAUGUUAUGGACUUAAAUUUUAAAUAAAACUGACCUGUAUUUUUUAUGCAAUUCACUUUAUAAGACUAGUUUUUUUUUUUUUUUUUUUUUGAGCCAACUGGUUUUAUCAGCGUAGUGGAGCUGUCCGUGGUACUGAAACACGAAUGUCUCAUUUUAACACUAAUGACUUGAACUUUACCAAUGGUUGGUGUUUAUUGAUGGGGGCGUGGCAGCUGUAUGCGUCACGCGGAUGACGUCACAGUUGCUACUAAAUGGAAGGCGGCUGUAAAUGAAAGUGCAAAGUGCGGCUCACCCUUCUCGCAAUCGGGAUUGUUUCGUUUAUUUUGGAAAGACUACCGUGUUGGUUUGCUUUGAUUCGUGUGAGGACCUCCCCCCACACGCGAUGCUGUCGUCCCUUAAGACCCUGCUGCUGCUUUUGGUCCUGUGCCCGCCCUCCUCCAGCCUGUGCCUCCGUUUGGCCCGCGGCCGCUCGGACCUCAUAUGCGACCAGCAGAUGGCCGGCGGCGGUUUCUCCUCCGAGGACGCCUGGGGCUCUCUGCUCCGCUCAUCCGCUGAGUACCUGGUUGCCUCUGCGCCCGAGGAGUCAGCGAGCCGGGAGAAAAGGACAUACAACCCGGCCAAGACGCGCUUCCAGACCCGGGCUAAGAUCCGCGGCUCCCUGCUGCGGAACGGCGGCAAAGAGGAGCACAGGAGCCAGCUGACUUUGUCCCUGGACUUGCCCACUAACAUAAUGAACGUGCUCUUCGACGUGGCCAAAGCCCAAAACCUGCGCUCGAAGGCAGCCGAUAACGCGCGUCUGCUGGCGCGCAUCGGCCGAAGAAAGUGACCACUCUGAACGCCUCAGCUUUGUAGUUCAAAAGGAUUUUGGUUUUCUUCAUUUGCGGUCGCAUUGUGUAAUUGUUGGGGAUGAAUGACUUCCAUACUGACGCCUUACUAACAAAUGGCCGCAUAAUAACUUUAUUUGUUGUAAAGGUGAGACCGACAAAUUACAGGCUUCACAGCGUUGCCUAUUAUCAAUCAAAUUCAGUUAACAAAAAAUAUUUUAAUUGAUUCUGUACGAAUGUUUUCAAGGACUACAGCCGACGUAUGUAAACUGUUUUUUUCCGUUUCCUAGCGGCUUCAAUUUCGAUUCAUUCAAGCGCUGUUGUUCAAAGUUUCUGCCCACAGUGCACAAAAGGUGUCAGUUGAAGAAUGCAUGGGAAUAUCUGUGUGAAUGCGUGCGCCUCAAAUGUGUUAUUUUUAUACUCAAAAUUAUUU